AUGCGAGAGUACGAUGUUUUUCUGGAUACGAGAGAGAGUUCGGUGCUUUUCCAGUACCCGCUGUGCACAGAACUCCCGGAAGUAAAGAGUAUACGGGGGAAGAUGGACGACCUACACGCGGAAAUACGCGCUGAAACGGGAGCAGGAGACGUGAGUUUUAAGUCCUCCACCUCCGAGACGAUAAACAAGUACUAUAUCCUCUCUGUCUCUGGGCAGGAGCUAUGCGGGGUCCCAGUGAAGAGAGUCCUGCAAAUGAGGCCCUUUCUAGCGGAUACUGAAGAGACCGUUAGAAAGACCGAGAAGAAGGAGACAAAAGUCUUCUCCAUGAACGAGACGCAGGAAGAGCUUGAAAACAGAAUGAAAAAUCCAAAUUACGUCGUAGAGAAGAUGAAAAGCACGCCCUGGAGGGAGUACUCCAUUCUCCCAGAGGAAGAGUACGCUCGAGGAGGGGAAGAGUCCUACACCCCCGCGAGGAACUGCCCGAAUGCUCCUGAAGGAGUUUUUGGGAGACGGAUAGAGGAGACUAUAUACAACGCCCGAGUAGUGAAUAUUCCGGAGCUAGUGAAGAUAUACCCUUUUCUUCCUCUGGGGGAAAUAGGGAAAGUCCUCUCAGAGAUGACUGUUCCCUUCCUGGGGAGACACGUACUGAAGGGGGAGUACUUUAACGACCUGGGAGGGAUUCUCUCGUCUGUUCUAGGGCGGAUGGAGGGAGACGGGACUUUCUCAUUCACGAAGGAGGAACUAGUCAGUGAGCCAGAAGAGCUUAUUUACGUGCUUAAGCAGAUUGCCUUUAGAGACGGAUGCGUAUACAGGCUGAAAGGGUACUCGGAGGAGGACAUAAACCGAUCAGAAAGUGCCUGCACGGAAUGA